AUUUAGAUUGAGUCUUAGAAAGGGAAGAUCCGACCAUUAGCUCAAAAGUUAGCCUAAAUGGUCUAUUUAAUUUUUUUAAGUAAUUCAUCUUCAAUAAGAUGUUGAAGCCACUGGAGGUAACCCGUAAAAAAGACCAACUUCCACAAACGACCAUUUUACUAUGGAACAGAAAGUGGUCUCUCCCGAAAAGUUUAACUAUAUAUUUGGUUUUUUUAUUUGUGUAUUAGUACCCUCAUUAUAGCUGAUAAAAAUUAUUCUUUUCUAGGUAAAAACAGAUAAUACUGUAAGAGAUCAUAACUGCACUAAGUUGAAAAUGGCACUCCCCUAUUGUGAAAACUUAAAAAGAAUUGAUUUAGAACUGAAUAAUGCAAACUUUAUAUCUGCGAUUCAAUCAACUCUGAAUAACAGUUAUGCAAGAAUUAUUCAUCUUGAUAGAUACAUUUAUCCAAGCGAUCAUAUGCUGGCAGAAUUCUCAUCUCGAGUAUAUCACGAGGAAGAAAAAUGCUUACGUCCAAUGGAACAAAUAUGGAAGAAAACUGAGCUGGAUAAUAAAGGCGAAACGAUAUCCAUGGCUGAAGUACAAGAGGGAAUAUUCGUGGAUAAAGAAAAAUGGGUUUUAUUAACAACUGCAAAAAACUCUGGUGAUGGUUAUUUUGGUGCUGCAUACUGGAAUCCCGAACAUCAGCAAGUUGUUAUUGCACACAAAGGCACAAAUCCGAUGAGCGUGAAUGAUCUUUGGACUGAUUAUGAAGGUAUUUUAUCGAAUGAAUACACUUCUCAAAUGAGUUCUGCGGUUUCUUUUGCCGAUAAUAUUGCGGUCGAACUGGAAAAACUCAAUAAAAAACAAUCAGUCAAUUUGACACUGUCAAUUACUGGACAUUCUUUGGGAGCAUGGCUUGGACAAAUUACAGCUUUUUCUACUAAAUACCUAACUGAAGGCGCGAGUGGCUUUUUUGUAAGAAACAGAAAGGAAGGUUUUCAUUCCCAUACAGUAGUCUUUGAUAGUCCUGGUUGCAAAGACAUGUUGUUGAAAAUGGAAAGUGACUUUGAUGUACGCUACAGCGGUAAAGCCCAUUCAUCUUUCUUCUUGGAUGUCACAAUUUACCUCUCCGCACCAAAUUUGGUGAAUACUCUUCACUCACAUCUUAACGUUGGUAAUUUAUAUCGAGUAUUUAUUGAAAAUAUACCCCGCAGAUCAUCUAGUUGGGAUUGUUUUCAAUACACGAUGGAAACUCACAAUAUGAACAAAAUUAAAAAUGCAAUUACUUCCAAGGGGACAUGCAAUUCAAAUGAAAAGAUAAUGAAGAUUAUAGACUGGCCAUUAGUAAAAAAAGGAUUAUGUGGAAUUAUUGCUGAAAAAAUAAUUAAUAUAUUUAAAAAUAUCCCCAACGAAUAUGAACAUUUUCAUGAAACAGCUGACUGUAUCAACGAUUAUAAUCCACUUCCUGAUGAUAGCGAAUAUUGUACUCUUCGUUAUCAAGUGCAAAGUAUGGAAAAAGGAGAAUGUACUGCUAAUAUUUUCACACGAGCGGAGUUUGAAUUUCUGAAUGGUUGUCACCGGUUAAAGCAAUUUUCGAUGCUUUCUGUCGCAGAUGACUUAUUUCUUUUGCUAGAUCAAAAAUCAAGAGGAGUGAUAAUUAAAGACAAAAUUGAAGAAAUACUGCAAGAUCUUGGAAUAAAAAAGGGAGUAGGGCAAGGUAUUAUUAAACACAAUACGGAAAAACAAUUGCAAAAGUUAAUUAUUUGUGUCAAAAAUAUUUUAUUUGUUUUUCCAGAUAUUCACAGUGAGAUAACUAAAUUGAAGAAUUUAGAAGUUUUUAUCAAAGUGUAUGAAAAACAGUCUCUUAAGUAUUUUAAAUCUAUUGAAUAUAUUGAACUAAAGAAGGCAACGAUGGAAUAUAUUGAUUUUUUAAAUAACGCUGACUUGAAAUUGUUGCAAAUAAUUUGCAAAGUGCAUCCUGUAGUUGGAAUCAAAAAGCUACAUAAGCUUCUAAUGGAGAAUAAACUUGUCUAUGAUGCUAGUAAAACAUUUUUUCUAAGUCUGAAGCAACUUUUAAAUUUAGAGCAGUUUUUUGCUUUGUAUGAAUUUGUAAAACAAUUAGAUAAACACGCUUUGAUGUUAUUUGUUGUUGAAAGUGAUAGUGAUCUCUGGAAAAAUGAUAAGAAAUUAUUAAUUAACUAUUUUAUGAAAAUAUUGAAUAUUUUAAAAGAUAAACAAAAAUUUAAGCUUAUAUUAUUUUCAGGAGAGAAGAAUGAUUUAGAAUAUUCCUUAGAAGAUAAUGCUGAGUUUUACUAUGAAAUGGAAGAUAAAACAAAUUUAGAGAUCAAUGAUUUAGCAGAUGAUUCACAAAAGAUACUUUUAAAUGAGACAAUCUAUUUCCAAGGAGAAAAGACAAAAUUAAGUACAUUAAUAACCGAGGAGUCAAAACAUGUAGUAGAUAAAGGAACAUUAUCGAAACUCAUCAACAAAGAAACGAUAGAAAUAGGUAAAAGUCUCCCCAAUUUAGGUGAUAUUGAAAACUGCUACAUCCAUCGAAUUUUUAAUCAGCCUACAAUUAAGAAAGAUAUUAAAAAUGAAUGCAAAAUUUAUAAAACCUAUAACGAUAAAAUUCAAAAAUCCAGUCUCAAUCGAGUGCAAGACAUAGUGUUGAUUUCUGAUAAAAGUGCAGAUUUUAAUGAAUUGUGUAAUGUAUAUAAAAAUCGAAAUAUUCAUUGGCUGAAAGAAGGAGAUAACCAAUUUGUCUGGCAAAAAUCUAGAGGUGCUCUAUCAAUACUACGUGAUUAUAUAGAUACAAAAAAUGUAACUGAAUUUCGUGACAUAGAUGAACGUUUAGUAAUUAUAAGUGCAGUAUCUGGAGCGGGAAAAUCAACGGUACUGACUAAACUAGCACAAGAGAUAAAAAACUUUGAUUCUUCUCUGUGGGUUGUUAGAAUUAACUUGAAUGACUAUACAGAAAUAUUUGCAAAGACUGACUUCAUUAAAGACAAGGACAACAUUUUUAAAUUUAUAAUGGACAUAGCUCCCUUAAACACACCUCUGGAGCGAGAUUUAUUUAAGCAUAGACUUAUUGCCAUAGGUAAAGUUGCUAUAUUAUUUGAUGGAUUUGAUGAGAUUGUUCCUAGAUACAAAGAAAAAGUUGUUGAACUACUAAAAGCUUUAAAGCUUUCAAAAGUAGAGAAACUCUGGAUAACUACACGCCCACACAUGAAAAAUGAACUGGAAGAUGUAUUAAGUGUGCUUUCAUAUAGUCUAAGGCCACUAUCUAGAAAUGAUCAGGUGAUGUUCAUAAAAAACUAUUGGUGUAAUAUUCUGGGAUUUAGCAUCAAACAGAAUUUUGAGCGUUUCACCAAUGAACUACAAGUGCUACUGCCCACACUUAUCUCGGAUAAAAAUAAAGAAUUUACAGGAAUUCCAUUACAAACAAAAAUGCUAGCUGAAGCUUUUCACGAAAAAUUUAAAACCUCUUAUGAUCUGUCCAACAAUAAAGAAUCAAAUAUAUCGAUAAAAUUAGAUCUGAGGAACUUAUAUGGAGCCUUUGUUGAAAGCAAGUAUAAAAGGCAUCUUUCAGAGAAAAAGAAAUGGGAUUUAUCAAAAUCUGGUUCAGAGUGUGAGACGCUAGCCGCAUUCUUCAUGAAAAAAUAUUCCUUGUUAGCUUUAUGUGAACUUUUCGAUGAAGAAGAUUUAAAUCAGCUUCUGGUUCAAGAAGAAUUGAAGACGAUAAAAUUAUCCAAGAUAGAGAUACAAGAAGGUAACGAAAAUUCAGGUUUCAUUAGUCAUAUUGUUGCUACCAAACCAAUUUUUAUUCACUUCAGUUUUGCUGAAUAUUUUGCUGCACUUUUUUUCUCCAAGAAUAUAGAAAGAAAAGAAGUAACAAAAUUUUUUUGCCAUCAUGUUUAUGGAGAAGAACAUAACUUAACCAGCAUCUUUUUCGAUCAAAUAGUAACUGCUGAUGAGCAUACCUGUAAGAUGCAUAUUGCAGUUUUAAGCGAUGAUGGAGAAAAAGUAAAACAAUUAUUAUCAAAUGCAGAAAAAGCAAAAGAUUUCAUUAAUGCUGUAGAUAAAGUAGGAAGAACAGCACUGCACUUAGCUGCUGCAUAUGGAAAUUUUUAUUUGGUUAAGACUUUGUUAGGUUACGAAUUUAGAGUAGAUGCUAAGGAUCACCUACUUGGUUGGAGGCCUUUAAGAUAUGCUGAUAAAGACGGUCAUUGGGUAACUGUUGAAUUACUCCUUAGAAAGGGUGCGAAUGCUGGUGACAUGUAUGAAGCAAUGAAAAGCCUUGAAACUUACGAUGUUGAGAAUCCUAAAAAGACUUUAUUACACAAGGCGGCUAAAAAAAGUUUGGUAAAGAUUUUAGAGAACCUCAUAGAAAAUAAAAUAAAUUUGAUUAAUGUUGUUGAUGAAAAUGGGUGUACUCCUCUUCAUUAUGCUGCAAAUGAAGAAGUUGCUGAACUUUUAAUAAAACGGGGUGCCAAUAUUAAAGCUAAAAAUAUGUUUGAAAAAUCACCUCUGCACUAUGCCGUUCAGCACCAUAAGUACGAAGUUGUUGAACUUUUAAUAAGAGAAGGAGCUGAUGUUGAAGCUAAAAGUGAUCGUGAUGAAACACCUUUGUUUUUUACUACCAGUAAGAAGGCAUUCGAGCUUUUAAUUGCUAAUGGAGCUGAUAUAAAUGCUAAAAGUAGAGGAAAUAAUACACCUCUGCACUUUGCUGUGAUGAAUAGAAAGGAUGAGAUUGUCGAGCUUUUAUUGAAGAAAGGUGCUGAUGUUGAAGCUAAAAAUUGUUUAGAUGAAACUCCUCUAUUUUCAGCUGGUACUAAGAAGACAUUCGAGCUUUUAACUGCACACGGCGCUGAUAUAAAUGCUGAAAAUUUAGAAAAUAAUACACCUCUGCACUUCGCUGUUAUGAAUAGAAAGGAUGAGAUUGUCAAGCUUUUAUUGAAGAAAGGUGCUGAUGUUGAAGCUAAAAAUUGUUUAGAUGAAACUCCUCUAUUUUCAGCUGGUACUAAGAAGACAUUCGAGCUUUUAAUUGCACACGGUGCUGAUAUAAAUGCUAAAAGUAGUGAAGGUUAUACACCUCUGCACUUCGCUGUUAUGAAUAGAAAGGAUGAGAUUGUCGAGCUUUUAUUAAAAAAAGGUGCUGAUGUUGAAGCUAAAAAUUGUGAUGAUGAAACACCUCUAUUUUCAGCUGGUACUAAGAAGGCAUUCGAGCUUUUAAUUGCACACGGCGCUGAUAUAAAUGCUAAAAGUAGUGAUGGUAGUACACCUCUGCACUUCGCUCUUACGAAUGGAGAGGAUGAGGUUGUCGAGCUUUUAAUUAAAGAAGGUGCUGAUGUUGAAGCUAAAUAUUCUGAUGAUAGAACUCCUCUAUUUCUUGCUGAUGGUAAAAAGGCAUUCGAGCUUUUAAUUGCACACGGCGCUGAUAUAAAUGCUAAAAGUAGUGAAGGUUAUACACCUCUGCACUUCGCUCUUAUGAUUGAAGAGGAUGAGGUUGUCGAGCUUUUAAUAAAAGAAGGUGCUGAUGUUGAAGCUAAAGAUUCUGAGGAUAAAACUCCUCUAUUUUUUGCUGAUAGUAAGAAGGCAUUCGAGCUUUUAGUUGCAAUUAGCGCUGAUAUAAAUGCUAAAAGUAGUGAAGGUUACACACUUCUACACAACUCUGUUAAGAAUGGAAAUGAUGAGAUUGUAGAACUUCUUAUAACAGAAGGAGCAGAUGUAGAAGCUAAAAGUAAUCAUGAUGAAACACCUAUGUUUUUUACUGUCAGUAAGAAUGUAUUCGAGCUUUUAAUUGCAAAAGGUGCUAAUAUAAAUGCUAAAAGUAGUGAAGGUUAUACACCUCUGCACAGCGCUGUUAUGAAUGGAAGAGAUGAGGUUGUCGAGCUUUUAAUAAAAGAAGGUGCUGAUGUUGAAGAUAAAGAUUACUUUGAAAGAACACCUAUUUUUUAUGCUAGGAGUAAGAGAGUACACGAGUUUUUAAUAGCGAAUGGUGCUGAUAUUGAAGCUAUCAAUGGCGAAAGUUUAUACGCCGAUGGAGUGGGCUUUAAUGAAUACUUAAUUUAUCAACCAUGCAAUGAUUUUCCCGGUUUGUAAUAGUGUCUUAGGCAGAUGUUGUGCGAAAGUUUAGAAAUAGAUUUUCUUCUAAAAUCAAGUUAAGAUUAUGGUAUAAAGAGAUUGCUGAUUAUAUUUCUGAUUUUUAUAUGUAUAUUUUCGCAAGACAGUUUGCUAAAAAGAAAUUUAUCUGAAAAGCUAUGAUUGUAACGCCUCCUAUUUUGACUGGUUUUGAUUUAUUGAGUUCCACCUUCUGACGUUGUGAUUCAUUAGAUUUCGAUAUGAUUCUGUUUGUCCUUCUUGAAAUAAAAUUUCUACCCCGAUGUUUAUAUUUUUUGUACUAGGAUUUCUACUAGGCUUUUUGUACUAGGAUUUCUACAUUUUCUACUAGGAUUCUAAUAAUAUGUAUGCUUUAAUUACAAAGCACUGUAAUAAUGUCCUCGGAACGAAGUUUUCUUUCGUAUUUAAUUUCGAUUUAAUAUAGAUUACAACAAAACGAGAAGCACAAAAAAUUUUCAUUUCUUCUACAAUAAGUACUGAAAAAUAAAUUAACGAAUUAAAGAUGGAAACUGAAAAUAAAAUUUGAAAUAAAUUCAUGUAUGUUUAAAAAUUCAAAACAAAAAUAGAUGUUAAAUUUUAGAGUUUGAUUUCCUUAAAUAUACUUUAUACUAAUAAUGAAUAGUGAUAUCUAAAUGUGACUUCUAAAGUUAAAUCGAAAAUAUUUGAUAUCUUUAUUGAUAUUGAUAUCUAUUGUUAUCUAAUAUUUAAAUUGAUAUCUUUAUUUAUUCGUUUUAUGAAGAAAGCAUUAACUUCAUUAUUCAGAUGUUAUUUUAAAAUAAAAGGACUUCAUAAAUAGCGCUUUACAAUUCUGCUCCGAAAAAGGUAUGCAAAAAAAUUUAGAGUAAUGAAAAACAAUUAUUUGAAGUACUUCUUCAAAAAGUAAAAAUUUCAUUGUUAUUUGCGCAAUGAGUAUCAGAAAUUUAUGUAUGAAUUAUAUAAUGUUAAAACUAAUAUAUUGAUUUUAUCUAUUUUAGAAACUAUUAUUACCUAUUAGCGUGUGCUACAUUGUAAAACUCAAGUUGCAAUGUUCAUUUUAACAUAUGCAAUUAAAACAUCAAAAUUUGAGGAGAAGAGGAAUCUGUUUAUAUUUCCUGUUGUUUCAUGUUGUUAUUUAUUCACGUUGAUAUUAUUAAUACUGUUGUUUAUGUUAUUAUUAGUGUUGUUAUUAAAUAUAAUUAUGUAUCGUGUUGGCUUCAUCUCAUAAGGUAGUUGUUUGAGUUUUUAACAACACCAAAUUCUAAGGAAAUACUUAUUAUAAAAUACCUAUACCUAUCAUACCAGUGAAACUUCUGUUAGUUGAUCACUUUGAGAGGCAUAACUAUAAAUGUCAACUGAGACAAUUGAUCAUCUUAUAGAAGAGGGAUAUAUGUUUUCUUUUAGCAUAUUAUUUUUGUGUUUGUCACAUUUUUAUUUCAAAAUUACGAAAUGAAUUAACUUUUUAACAUGAGUUUUGUAUUUUCAUCAUUAAUCAUUUCAUAUCUCUUAGGAAAUUAAAUUGAGUGACGAAAUUAAAUGUAAUUCGUUACGUUUCUUACAUAUGUUUGUUACAUACAUUUGUUACAUAUCUCUGUUUUUAUAAAUAUAUUCUAAAAUUAUUAGUGUACAAAAACUUAUAUGCAAUUAAAAAACUCAAUAUUGCAUUCAUUGCA